CAUAGAUUCGUCCCAAAAACUAUUUUGAUUCCUGGUUGUCAUGCAACAAAAUAGGAAAAGCACAAAGGGGUUUAAUGCAUUUGCAAGACACUUUAACAUAAGGGCUCUUAUCAUUCACAUAUCUAUUGCAACAGUCUAUAGUUGGAUUUAUUUUUUGUCAGACAAAACACAGCAAUAAAAGUGAAACGCAGCCAUAUAAUGACAAACAAUUAUAAUUACAUAAGCCUGCAACAAAUCCAGUUGCAUAGCUUACAGGCAAAGUAUCUUCGGAGUGUCAUCAAAACUUGUUAAAAAAAACAGGGCGACCAUUGACUUCCUCAAUGGUUUCACAAUACUGAGAUGAACGAUAAAUGGCACGGCACAGCACAUUCAGACUCAGACACAAAUUCAGACUCUGUUCACCAUCAAACAUCAGCCAGAUAGGAAGCACAGAUGGCUCAGAUGACUAUGGAACUAGUGAUCUACACCUUGUUGGAAGUGCUCAUCGCUGUUAGCUGCUGUCUUGGUAACGUGCUGGUCGUUUUGGCGCUUUGGACCAGUAAAUGCCUUCGACAGCCGACCUUCUGCCUGAUCGUCUCUCUGGCUGUGGCCGACCUCCUGGUUGGCUGCGUGGCCAUACCACUGGCUGUGGUGGUGGACGGACGAAUGAAGACUUCAUUCCACGGCUGUCUCUUCAUCAGCUGCGUGGUCAUCCUGUUGACCCUCGUCUCAGUUUUGUGUCUCAUGGCUAUUGCAGUGGACCGCUUCUUCCGGGUGUAUGUUCCUCUCAGGUACAAAAGGACAGUAACACAGAGGCAUUCUUGGCUCGUGGUUGCAGCGUGUUGGGUCAUUGCAAUACCACUGAGUUUUGCUCCCAUGCUUGGAUGGUACAACCGUAAAACUUUGUCCAGUUCAGUCAACUCUACUAUCGUCUGCCAGUUCAUAGCUGUGAUCCCCACGUCAUACCUGGUUUACUUCAACUUCUUUCUUUGCACCCUCACACCUCUGUUGGUGAUGACUGUGUUGUACGGCUACAUUUUCUACACAAUUCGAGGAAACCUUCGAGAGAAACCAGGCAACGGCUUCCAAAAGCAGUCUCAGAACUACCUGGAGAAAGAGAAACAGCUGGCGGGGUCUCUGGCUCUGGUCUUGGCUCUGUUUGUCCUGUCCUGGCUCCCUCUCCACAUUAUGAACUGCAUUGUUUACUUUGGCGGGCCGAGUGAUGUACCAGUAACAGCUUUCCAUGUUGGCAUCCUGCUUUCUCAUGCUAACUCGGCUGUAAACCCAGUCGUGUAUGCGUUCAAAAUACAAAAGAUCAAGACGGCGUACCUGAAGCUCUGGAGACAGUAUAUCGCAUGUGGAGAAGAAAAUCAAGGAACUCAGUCAAGCCAGUCGACAGACAACAAUGUCAAUAACAGUAACAUGAACAGCUUGGCCGAAAUAUGAGUGAAGGAAGAUUUCCUUGUUUGUCUGCCCUCUGUUCUGAAGGAGCAGGUUUGCUUGAAUAGCAUUAUUAAACAUUUAAACACAUUAACACUGUGUAAACGUUUAACAAGGCAGUUACAGCAUGCAAAGUGUAUUGAAAUCUAAGAGCUACCUUUUUAAUUGAUGAGGAUGGCGUUCUGUGUAUUAAUACAGAAAACAAGUCUUCAGCCGUUUUCACUGAAAGUUCUGUUAUGUUCAGGAAUGGUUCUGUGUCUUGCAUAUGUGAGUGAGCGUGUGUGUGUAAUCGUUGCGAAAAUCUGUCUUGCAGAGAAAAAGUGCAACUUCCACUUACCUAAAAAGCUUUAGUUUAGUUUCAGAUCACUGUUUUUUUUUUCUGUUUUUCUGCAAAGGAAGUAGACAAAACAUUUCAGAACAUUGCAGUCUAACACAACAACACCACAAAAUACAGCCUAAAAGCGGACCAAAGAGUAUAAAGUAUAGCGUUAUAAUGAGAUUUUCACCCGAGAGGAGUUAAAUGAAAAAAGACACGAAAACCAGCAGCCUCAAAUGCCUAAAAUGGUGACACUUGUUCAUGAUUUUACAAGAACAUUUAUUUAAUUCAAAGAUGAAUACAACUUUAUCCUUGACGCGUAAUUUAUUUAAUUAUGCUGCCAUUUGUCUGAAGUUCUUUUUUUCAGAAAUGAUGUUGAAGUUCCCCAUUGUUUUUGCAGGUAGCCUACUCUAUGUUAAUGACAUGUAUUAUUAGAUCUUUAUAGGUUUGCAGUUAGUUGUGUGAUAUCUAGCCCUUUUUUCAUUUCCUCAUUUUAAGGGAGGAAUCAUGACCAAAAAAACUAUUCCUGAAUCCAACAAGGACGAUACAUAGAGAGCUGCAGGGAUGACGCAAGUUAGCAUCGCCCUGCUUCCCUUGAGAAAAAGUCAAUUGGAUUUUCCCAUUGGAUUUUGUAUUAUUGCAGAAAAUAAGCUCUGCUGCAAACACAACUUUAUGAUACUUACAUGUUUUGCUCAGCAAGAUGAUCUUCAUAAAUGAAGACUACUUUAAUGAUUUUUGAAGCGUGAAUGUAUUGACAGACGUAGAAAAGCGAAUGUUUGGCAUGAGCGUGAGUAUAUUAAACAAAGCUGUAGAUGCUGACUACUCUGCUUGAUGACAUAUGUGGUUUCAUUAAGCAACUUAUUAACCACGGUGCACAUUUCAAGCAUCUACUACAGAAACCACCUCAAAAAGCCCUUUGACUUUGAGAUGAGGGAACUGAAAGUGCUAAAAAGGCCAACUCAUUUCUGGUUUUAAGAUUCCUGCACCACUCUAAUGUUUAAAAUGUUCCAACUGGACGUGUUUGCGUUCAUCGUAGCUUUACUCAAACAUUCAGAAAAAAAAGCAUUUUUUAACAUUUAAAUGAC